UGUCUCUGCCGCCGGGCCCUCCCCCGGUCCUGGGCCCGGUCCCUCCUUGGGUCUGGCGGUAGUCGGGGCCCUGGGGUCCCUCCCUCCUUCCCUCCCUCCCGUCCUCGGCCGCCGUCGGGGCGGGCUGUGCCGGGGCCCCCGGGGGGCAGCCGGAACCAGGCCCAGGCCGCAGCAUGGAGCGGCGCGGCGGAGGUUCCCCACAAGGCCUCUCGGCAAGCCUGAGCCCAUCCCGCCAUGGCGAUUGUCCAGACGUUGCCUGUGCCCCUGGAACCCACCGCUGAGGCCGCUGCUGUCCAGCUGCCGCACCCCGGCCCCACCCGCUCGCCCGCCAUGGGCAGCGUCAGCAGCCUCAUCUCUGGCCGGCCGUGCCACGAGCGGUCCAGCCGGCCCUCGGAGCUGGGGCCGGGUUGGUCAGGAGCCCUCGUGCCACCAACCCGCCACCGGGGCCCCCCUGGACCCGGCUUCUUCCGCCAGCAGGAUGGGCUGCUGCGGGCGGGUCAUGGGACACAGGAGCCCCUGGGCCCCGGGUUGCCCAGCAAGAAGCCCUGUGGGGCCGGAGCAGGGGUCGGAGGAGCCGGCUGCGGCUACGCCUAUGUGAAUGAGGACUUCCGAGGAGACUCGCCCCCAAGUCCCUGCAGCGAUCCCGAGGACGUCCGUGAGCAGCGGGCCCGGAGCGCCCACCUCCGGGGACCACCCCCCAAACUCAUCCCUGUGUCUGGGAGACUGGAGAAGAACGUGGAGAAGAUGCUGAUCCGGCCGACAGCCUUCAAGCCUGUGAUGCCCAAGAGCCGGGGAGGCCUGUCUCUGUCAGGCUUCCUGGGCCCUCGGGUCAGGGGGCCAGGAGGGCCGGGACUGUCCGGGAGCCAGGGCAGCCUGACCCAGCUGUUUGGGGGGCCGGUUUCCUCGGUUUCAUCGGCCUCGUCGUCCUCGGCCUCCGACAAGCCCCCGUCCUUGAGCGGCCGGGGCAGCAGAAGCCCCUCGGGGACGCUGUCCGACUCGGGCCGGAACUCCCUCUCCAGCCUGCCCACCUGCAGCACCGGGGCCGAGCCGGCCACCGGCUCCCCGGGGGGACCCUUCGUCCCAGAUGCCCCGGUGGGCGGGGGGCUGCCGGGCCCAGUUGGGGCUGGCUACCGGGGGGUCCCCCAUUCGGACAGCGGCCGCUCCUCGUCCAGUAAGAGCACCGGCUCUCUCGGGGGACGGGCAGGCGGGGGUGCCCGGGCGUCAUCGGACAGCGGCUCCUGUGGGGAACUAUCCCCACCCCCCGGCCCACCCCCUGUGCCCGCCCCAGAGGAGGUUCUGCUGCUGGGGACCCUAGAGGAGAAGCUGAGGGAGCGCGAGGCCGAGCUGAGACUGCUGCGGGACAGCUUGGAUGAGAACGAGACUGCCGCCUGCCAGCAGCUGUAUGAGGAGAAGCAUCGCCGGUGGACGCGGGAGCAGGAGGAGCUGCGGGAGGGCUGCGCCCAGCACGUGCUCCAGGCGGCCCAGAAGACCCAGCACGCUCAGCAGGUCCUGCAGCUGCAGGUGUUCCAGCUGCAGCAGGAGAAGCGGCAGCUGCAGGAUGACUUCGCCCAGCUACUGCAAGAGCGGGAACAGCUUGAGCGGCGCUGCGCCUCCUUUGAGCGGGAGCAGAGCGAGCUGGCGCCCCGGCUGGAAGAGACCAAGUGGGAGGUGUGCCAGAAGAGUGGGGAGAUCUCCCUGCUGAAACAGCAGCUGAAGGAAUCGCAGGCAGAGCUGGCCCAGCGGGGCGGGGAGCUGGUGGAGCUGCGGGCCCAGCUGCGGGCGGCACGGGCGGAGCUGCGGACCAGCGAGGGACGGGUGCGGGGGCUGCAGGAGGCCGCGCGCACCAAGGCGCAGGAGCUGGAGGUCUGCGCCAACGAGUUGCAGCGCAAGAAGAACGAGGCGGCUCUGCUGCGGGAGAAGGCCGGGCAGCUGGACCUGGAGGUGGCCGGCCUCAGGGGAGGGGGCCCGGCCGGGGCGCCGGACCCCGCCGACCCCUUCCUCCUAGCCGAAAGCGACGAGGCCAAGGCCCAGCGCGCGGCGGUGGCGGCCGGGAGCGUGGCAGAACUGCGGGCCCAAGUGGAGCGGCUGCGAGCGGAGCUGCGGCGGGAGCGGCGGCGGGGCGAGGAGCAGCGGGGCGGAUUCGAGGGGGAGCGGCUGGCCUGGCAGGGGGAGAAGGAGCAGGUGAUCCGCUACCAGAAGCAGCUGCAGCACAAUUACGUCCAGAUGUUCCGGCGCAACCGGCAGCUGGAGCAGGAGUUGCAGCGUCUCAGUCUGGAGCUGGAGGCCCGAGAGCUGGCCGACUACGGGCUGGUCGACCCGCCCGCACCCUGCAUCCAGCUGGAGGAGAUCACUGCCACGGAGAUCUGAGUACCCAGGCUGGGCGGGGGAGAGGAAGCGGGGUGCAGGGAGGGGGCAGUGGCCGUGGGGGGGAGCUGGCCCCGGGCUACUUUGGAGGAGGGGUCAGGGAAUA